AGGGAUGUUGCGCCGCGCGGGAAUGCACCCCGCGAGAGAUGUCAGUAAUUUGAAAAUGGAAUAGUUUUGAAAUGGAAAGUAGUUUUUAAAAUUAAUCGCGAGGUGAUCGCUGAUUGGUGCGAUUUUUUCCGCGCGUGUUUUAUUUUUCGAGUGUAGUUAGAUGAAAUGUUUUAAAAAAUAAAAAUAAGUAUUUAGGGUACCUACGUAAGUGUGGUUUGUGAGGAUUUGUUGCAGUGGUCUCGUCGCGGUAUGGGUAUUGUGGUGCCUGUAUAACCUUGACACAAUUUCCCGCGCUGCUUCAACAACCUUGUUUUCAAUUGCACUCUCUCUUGACAUUUGCAAUAACGAAGGCUAUUUAUAAUUAGUGUAGUUUAAUGCAAUGUUAUCGUGUGUGAUUUAUGAAAACUAUAUGGAGUUAAUGUUAAAAUUUUCUAAACGUUAAUAGGUAUAUUUUACUUAAAUAAUGCACAAUGUGGACUGUUAGAUGAUACGGACUAAAUCGUGUAUUAAAUGUUGUAAACAAUCAAUUCUUAUAUGAUGUUGUGAUAUUGUCAGUGCAAAACCUGUACUAUCAAAAUGAUAACUUCAAAAGAUACAAAAACCAUCACAAUGCUGAUUGCAAUCGGUGUUCUGUGCAUAAUGAGACUGACCAACUGUGACAUAAUCACCGACACGCCAAAAGAUAGCAUAAAACAGAAAGACGGUUCAUACAACGAAGUCCAAGAGCCGGAAACUCUGCCAGUUCUGCACGGAAACGAUACACGGUGCAGAAUAUCGGAGUACCAGUGUUUCAAUAAAAAAUGUAUACCGAUAAACCGGUUCUGCGACGGCAGUAACGACUGUGGCGACGCCUCGGAUGAGCCACGACACUGCACACGUUGCAAUAAGACGUAUUACGGCGACAUAGGCCGUACAUACGAGGUGGAGUUGCAUAGACCGAGAGAAGACCUCGUCCCCUACGUCUGCCUACUAACUAUAACCGCUGCGGGGGGCAUGCACGGAGAUCUUGUACAGAUUCUAUUCGACAGUUUCACCCUGGGUCGGUUCAUUUCCUUCACCGAUGGCGGUUGUCCGGAUGGCUACAUGCAGAUACAAGAAGCUAGCCGGCCCCAAGUUGGCGGCUCAUGGUGCGGGACUUCAUGGGGCCCUUCGAUAUACUACAGCGAAACGAAAUCCAUCACCCUCAUCAUACGCUUACUACACCUAUCGAAGGAGCAGAACAAUUAUAAUUUCGAUUUUCGAAUGGCUUACAAGGUUUUGAGAAGAGAAUAUGCUACAGUCCGCUAUGGAGGGAGUCCACCUUCAGAGCGCCCCUUUUUCAAACUCAGGCCGAUGUUAUAUCCCGUAAACAUAUCACGCGGAGAAGAUACGAACGCUGGGAGGAUGACAAAAACCCUCGAGUAUUACCUUGGGGAUUUGAUCUCAGGGACUUAUUGCUCCCGGAUCUUCAGCGACUGCGAUCGUAAAAACUGUAGAUUACAGUCCCCGAACUUUCCCGGGGUUUAUCCUAGGAACCUGACUUGUUACUACGCGGUGCGACAACACGAGGUGCCUCAAGGGAAACACGCUCUGAUUGUGGUAAAGCAACCGAAUGGUCAAUUAGUUUCUAUAAGGAGUCAGAAAGCUUUGUACGCGCCAUCGCAAAAUGAUAGAGAAAACAACGGAAGGGAACUAAAAUUUUGGCAACAGUGCGACGAAGUUCAGGAUUAUGUCACCGUUUACGAUGGAUACACUACGAGGGAUCCGGUGAUCCUGAGGUUUUGCGGAGGAGGCGUGUCAGUACCAGAGGCGAUAUCGAGUGGACCGGAACUUUUAGUGGAGUUUACAACUUCACCGUUCGGAACAUUUCUGCAACCCGCUACAUCGCAAUCUUUGCACGGAUUUCAGUUAGAAGUUGAGGUACGCUUCGUAGACCAGCAAUCACCAACAUACGCGAAAAAUAAAAGAGCAUGCGAGUUUUGGAUCCGAGGAACUGGAAGAGGAGUAUUAGAACAUCCCCAACAUUCGCUACCCCCAAACACGACGUGCUUAUAUCACAUGCAGGGUAUCGACACAUCAGGCCCUUCUGGGAGGAACAUCAUCUACAGAAGGCAGUUUUCAGCUCCAAGAUUCCGAGUUUGGUUCUCAGUUUUGAAGUUUUACGUGACCAACGCUCUCAAUCCUAAUUUGCCCGAGGAUGAGUAUUGUGGAAGUCAUUUGAAUAUAUGGGACGGUCCGAUGAGAAUAUCGCCCGGUUGCAGUGAUAUUUUUUGUGACAAAGAGAGAUCAGUCCAAAUGUCAAGAGCCACGUCCCCCCAGUCAGUGAUAGUGGGUCGCCCCCCCACAAAUGCGACCCUCGUAGCGAGGUUCUGCAGAGAGCGUGCGCCGAGGACCUGUGAACACGCGCUACUGAGGAGAUCUAGGGCGUGCGCCCGAACUGAAAGCUUUCUGUCUAAAGGAGACUCCUUGACUUUAGAAUUGAAGUUGACUCAAGGCACAGCUUUAAAACCAAUUUUCUUCAAGGCUCUAUACGAGUUUGUCGAUCUACACCAAGACGGGGAGCAGUGGGGUCGUGGGCCUUGCUCCAGAAGAUUUGUCUCCAGAUCGUUCCCUGAAGCCCCGCCCGAUCCUCCCAUCACAUUCUCGUCUCCUAGAGACGUGUUUUUGUAUGGCAGAGGUGGAGCCAGAAAUAUUAGUUGCACAUAUCGCUUUGAAGCUAACCCAGGGGAAGUAGUUCGGCUCCGGGUCUGGGGAGUCCGCAAUGGCGGUCGUCUCUGCAGAUCCGUCCACUCGGCACAUUCAUCCUGGUUCCGCUGCGGAGGGAACCCCACUGCUGCUGUGAGGAUAUUCGAGAGACCUUGGAGAGAUAGCGGACCUGGUAUACCACGCGACUGUUUGUGUAGUGAUGUCACUGAUUAUGAAUUCACGUCAAGCUCAAUGGUCGCAGAACUCAAAUUCGACGUUGUGAACAUGUCAGCAGUGGAUGACUUCCGUUCUUUCGGCUUCGAAGCGUCAGUCGAGUUUGUUCGUAUUGAAAGUGUAUGUGAAAGCACACACAGGGUGUAUGGCGCUAGUGGUGAAUUGAGACUAGCUGCUCAGUCAGCAUUGUCUGAACCAGAGCACUGUGAUCAACGACCCUGGUUAAUAGACCCUGCUCCAGGAAGAUACCUAUACAUGCAAAUCCAGGGUAGCUUGCUUAGAGAGCCAGAACUAGAUAACUUCACACUCCAGAACAAUAUCACAGUGGCGCCUGACUUGGGACACCUAUGCCGAACACCAAAUCGUAUUGCUGUAUACGCUGGAGGACUAUCACCUUUGUUUAUAUGCCCUAAGCCUCCACAAGAACAGGAAGAUGAUGUCGUAGAAGUGUUUUCAGAAGGGUGGUCCAAAGAGAUAGACUCAUUGGCUCGACACGUGCUAGCGCCGCCGCCUUCUCCAGACCACUUCGAUCUAGACUGGCCGAGAUCCCUUUCCGUUGAGUUGAUGGGCGUUGAGUUUGCAACAUACUAUGUCACGUGGCUGGAACUUUCUAGACGGCACGCAAGUGAGCAAGGGGGUGUUUUCGCACUGUCGGGCGAAUGUCCGUACCGCUGCGAGUCACUGGACGCCUGCAUCGAGCCAGCGCUGUGGUGCGACGGCGUGUCGCAGUGUCCGCAAGGCGAAGACGAGCGCCUGUCGCAGUGCUCAGCAUUGCUGCGGGUGCCUGCGCACUACGCUGUGGCGCUGCUCGCAUUCACAAUACUCACUGCUUUCGCUGUGAUAGCAGUAGCGCGCUCAUGCCGCAGACGCCGCUCAGCAUUGCAGCAGCGACUCAAGAGCCUGUCAUCCGACACGGCCAUAUUCGACGAGAAAGAAGUGAUUUGCUGACCAAGCGAGGACUCUGUGCGAUACGUCGAAGUCGACAGGGUAACCACUGUUUGACUUUCCGCACAGGGUCUUUGCUUUGUAUCACGGGUCAAUUUUGACUGGUAGAAAAGCGGACAAUGCUGGUCCGAGAUUGAGGAACGAAUCGUUCGCGUUGUUUGGAGAUUCGGUGUUAUAUGGUUAUAAUGAAUAUUAUAGCUGUUGCUGCCUCCUAAGGGAUACUUAGAUUUAGGUUAUUACAGCAAGGGUUUUUUACCAAAAAAAUAUUGCACGGGGAUUAAAUAUAUGCGGCAAAACUUCUUUAACUAAAGCAAAAAGUUAUUGAAGUAAAGAUUUUCUUUGAAAAUCUUUUUGCAUAACACCGUGAAAACAAUUAAAAACCUUCUUUUUUAUUUUAUUCGUAAUUUACUUAAAUAUCUAAUAUCAACAAACAGAACCAACAAUUAAAAAAAUAUAUAUAUUGUGAGUAUUUAACAUUGUGGAUCAUGCUGAAAUAAUCUAAGUCUAACAUAUAACUAAUGUUACCAAGAAUUUUAAAAUUACGUACUCACAAAGGAAGUAUGUUAAUAUUGCGUUCAAUUUAAAUUUGUACAUAUUGGACCAAUUACUGUUGAUCGGCCGUUGUGGUUACAAUUAAAAUAACAAUUAUUAUUUUUAAAUGUAUAAAAGGAAAACGAAUGAGUGAAUAAUGUAUUCAUUUGUACGUAAGUGUACUAACUGUGCCUAUUAAAUAAAUGGUUACAUAAAAUUAAAUGUAAUCAUUGAACCCGCAAAUAAUAAUUCGAUAAGAUUGUGUGUGUAUGUAAUGAAGAAAAUGAAUAGGAUGAUAAAGAUAUAACCAGCGAAGUAAUAAAUUUAGGCAAAAUUUUGUUACUGUUAAUGAUAAAAGUGAUAAAAUAUUAACAUGACAAAGAGUUAUAAUUUUUUAUGUUACUUUAGUUGGUUAAAAACGUAGACAGAGAAGUUAAUAGACCUAUAGAAAGCAUCCAUAAUUAAAAAGACAACAGAAAAACAAAAUCGAUAGAAAAUAUCCAAUCCCUCAAAAAGACUUUUUUUAAUAUGGCCAAUGUUGGGAAUCCCCUCCAACUAGUCGGAAAAGAUUGUGUUAGGAAUAGGUAAGACAAUAGUCCAGCAGAUCGAACCACCACCACCACCACUUCUCGGUGAUGAGUCCGUCCCCUUUUACCGUUGAGCUAUUCAGGCUAUAUAAAAAAUAAGGUGAUUUGAUAUAUUUUGCUGCCUUGACUCGCGUCAUGCAAAACGACGGUCUAAAUAAGAAUAAACGUAAUUGCACAAAAUUAGAGCCUCAACUUGUUGCAAAUUAAAAGUAACCUUAAGUUAGCUUACAGUUAUUGCUGAAAAAUAUUUUGGAAUGCCAAAAUUGUAUUGUUUGAUUUACAACGGUUCGCCAGUUGUCUAUUGCCAACUCUGUCUACGGUGUGAAACAGUUUAUAUAAUAACGCACAAUAAAUGUUAAGGCCGAUCGACAUUUGUGGCACAACACGAUAUUGUUUGUUUAUUUACUCGAUUGUGAUUUUUAAAAAUGUUGUACAUAUUUAAACGUAGAGACUCUUAAGAAAAGUUCAUUAAUAUUAAUAUAAUUACUAUAUAUUAUAAUAAAAAUAUUUGCAUUAGGCUUUAAAAAUAUAUCGUUGUGGCAAUAAUUUUGUUCACCUUGUGUUCAGAUCGGACUUUGCCUGUGUUCUAUAAUCGUUAACCUAAAUUCGUAUACGUGAUAUUAACUGCCAUUUUGUAAAAGAAAAUGUUCUUUCAAUAUAACCAAAUUAUUGAAUAUAUUAUAUUGUUUAUUCUGGUUGCGUAUAUACAUAUAUUAUUUUACAUUGAAACAAUUUAUCGUCUAUUGACAAAGUUACAGUUAUUGGCCGUGAACUUGCCGUUAAAUAUUAAUUUAGUAGAGUACACUCCAUUUAAAUAUGGUGAAAUCAAUUAUUAAACGAAAAUAACAAUAUAAAAUAUCCUAAAAUAAAAAUAAUAUGUUGUAAAUAAAAUUAAAACUAUUCAUAUCUUAGAAAUGUAUUAAAGUGAUAUAAAAAGUUUGUUUCCCAAGGAAAUUAUUGAAUUCUAUAAUGUCGAGUUAACUAUUAGAUGAAUUGUAGAAAAUCAAGAUCCUAUUGAAUACACCUCGUUGUAUUGUAAGAUAUUAUGUGAAUUAGAAUUGAGGUUAAAUUAAUCUUUUGAAUUGUAAUUUACACUUGUGGUCAUAUUAAUAAUAUAAAAAAUAUCACUAGCAGAGCCUUAAAACGUUGUUCGGUCUCGAACAUUACAUUGAUGGUAUGGAACACAAUUCUCAAUUUGAUGAUACAACAAAGCCAUUCAAAAUUAUGGUUCCUCAUAUUUUUUUUCUUUUCGAGGUAGUUAUCCAAGAUAUCAAAGUUUAUAAAAAUCUAUUGUAUCUACAGUCUCAAAACUUGAUUAUCCGGACAUUGGUCAUAUCACAGAACAGAAAACACUAAAAGCUAACGUUUCGCAACUAUCCGGACUACCAACCAUGAUAAUGUAACUAUUUACAAAGAUGAAUAGACGUAUUGGGUACGCUGAAACCUUCCCAUUCGUUAGCAUUUCACAAGACUUCUGCGUCUGCCCCAGGCACUAAGCUAAGUAGUUGCUAAUCAUCUCUGUUGUUAGUAACUUGACAAUAAUCAAAGAAAAAUUGAUUAUUCGCAUACGCUAAUUUUAAUUAAUUUUCGGUAAAUAACCCCAGAGUUAUGGGAAAUACUCCCCAGUAGCCUGUAUGCUGCAUAUUGCUAAUAGAAUACUCUAUUAGCAUUAUUAUACUCUUAAAUAUAAUUGGUAAUAGAAUACUUCCCAGCAACCUGUAUAUUGCUAAUACAGUAUUUUAUUAGCAAUAUACAGGGUGCUGGGAAGUAUUUCUCUUAACCCUGGGGUUAUAUUCUUUACCGAACCCAUAACCAGCACCCUGUAUAGUCUGGUAAUCGUGUCUUUAGUGUAUUAAAUCAAUUAUUUUCAGUUAUUUGAAAGUAAUAAUGGUAGAACGUUUUUCAGAAGCUCACAAGUGUAAAUAUAGAUUCUAAAUUCGAUAAAACUAUAGAAAUUGUUACGAGGUGUAGUUCUCUUGUUUAUGGAAUAAAGUGUUCUUUAUAAAUAAUUCGUAUUGAAGUAAAUAAUUUCAGGAUCUAUUACGUUAAGCAUAGCCAACAUAAAAAUGGAAUAGUUGAAGCAGAAAAAACGAGCGAAGUGAUCGUAGGAAUGUUUAAUUGAUGAAGAUUGUUGCAGUCUGAAUGGAACGUCACUAUAAAUAUUAUAGAAGUAGAUAGUUAAUUAGAAUGCGCUUUUUGUAGUGCUCUGAACCAAAUUUAGAUUUACAUUAUAAGUAAUAAUGUUGGAUGGUGGUAAUAUGAAACGAGAAAAGGCUCGCGUAAAAGAUUUUGGCUAUCGAUCUAAGAUCUAUGGAAAAAAACAGUAAUUGGUUAAAUCUUACUCAUUGUUAAGAAAUAUGGAGAAUUAGGUAAUGCCAUUAAACAACACGACAAUUAGUUAUGGCAAUAUAUUCCAAGAAGUCCGCUUGGCUUUGGAAGUACUGGUAAAGUGUACAGACAUGCGUUUGUUAACGGGGUUGUUGUGUGGGUGUAUGCAGUAAUCCAGGUUUUUAUAUGUAUUAUAUAGAUAGAUAGUCCUUGACAGUUAAAACGCUUCGCUCCUUCAGUUUGUGGACACAAGUGCGUUUGGUGCUUAAUCAUACCACGCCAUGAAACAAGUCUCGCAGAUAAAACAACAUCAACAGACAGACAGAACAAUAAUCAACAGACUUUAUCUUAGAUACCUACAAUAUCACUAAACUGGUGGUCAGCCAUGUGUUGUUGUCCGAAUUCUUUAAAAACGAGUACAAAUUAGGCGUUUUGAAUCGCGCGCUGUGGUGUUGCGCCUUUUUAGAAUAAAGAGAUUGGAUGUACAGUGCAAAGGUGCGCUUCUUAUCAAACGCGUAUAUGACGCGGCCGUCAGAAUUGCGUUAGAACGUGUGUUGCAGGGGCGUCAUCUGCGCAUCUUGACGCCACUUUGUUUUACAUUUGCGUGCUUUCGUGUAGGAUGGACGUCUUUUUUUGAACUGAACCAGAAGUUUACCUUACCUUGGCCGAGCUCGUAAAACGCCGUGCUGACCGUGGUACGUUACCAAUGUCCUCUGAACGAAACACUGAGCUUCUAAUGUUUACUUGCUGUAUAACAGUAGCUCACUACUGCUGCAUCAGCAGGACUUCUUUCGUGGUGCAGGGUCUACACGAAAGUGAAACGAACUUCCCGGAAUAUAUUGCCUACAACAACUACUAUGUUUACUAUGUUUAACUAAUAGGUUAGUUUUAAUUUGUAAUAAAUUUGUUAUACGGUAAGAUUAGUGAAGCUGAUUUAGGAUUAUAUCGUCUUCCAUAACGUACGAUAAUUCCGGAUUUCUUUUCCUUACGUUCCGACAGUUGUGACAAUUACGAAUGUUUUGUAAUGGGAGUAAACUAAUCCGAAUCAGGUGUUACCUGGAAGACAAUAAUGAUGGAAAAUAGCCGUUUAAGCAGAGAUACUAAUUUCAAAUAACUCAAUGAGAAAAAGUUACGGUGAUAUAAGAAGUUUUUAAAAUAAAAUUAUUUACUGCAUGA